UCACGCGCGCUUGACAGCAUUUCAAAGGAUGAGCUCCACCUCCAAUGCCUCUGGGAGCGCUGGGAACCAAAGAAACAGCGACCCAGAGAACCCACUGUUGCUUCCAUCCAGGAAAGGAUUUAGCGCUCGCGAUGAGAUUGCGAGAGUGUUCUUCAGAGGUGGAUCCUCGUUUGAUGCGUGGCUUACUGCUUGCACAGCACAGGUCGCCCAAGUUCUCCUCACGCUCCCUUACUCUUUUGCUCAAAUGGGAAUGGUGCCGGGUAUACUGUUCCAGCUCGUGUAUGGGCUUCUCGGGUGCUGGAGCUGUUAUAUGACCACCAGCCUGUACGCCGACUAUGUUAGAAUUCUCGACAGGCAAAACUCUCGCCGAGAUGACCACAUUAUCCAGUGGUAUGAAGUUUUGGGAGGCCUCCUGGGAAAAGGAUGGAAAAUGGCCGGCUUGGCAUCUAACUGCAUCCUUCUUCUUUGUACUGCAACGAUCCAGCUUAUAGCUUGCGGAAGCACCGUUUGGUAUAUCAAUGAUAGUUUUGAGAAAAGAACAUGGACAUACAUCUUUGGAGCCGGCUGCUUCCUCACGGUUUUUGUUCCAACAGCUCGCAAUUACCGGCUGUGGGCGUUUGUAGGAAUCUUCAUGACGACUUACACAGCUUGGUUUAUGACAAUCUCUGCUGUAAUUCAUGGCAAAGUAAGCGUCCAAUCUUCUUCUUCUUCCCUCCCUUCUAGUGUAAUCGAUCUACAGGUAGAAAACGUCGAGCAUUCUGGUGCAAAAAGCUCGGUCCAAUACUUCACAGGAGGCACAAACAUUCUCUACGCAUUUGGAGGUCACGCAGUCACGCUAGAGAUCAUGGAUGCAAUGCACAAGCCAAGAAGCUUCAAGAUUGUCUACCUCUGUGCCGUGCUCUACAUUUUUACCCUCACAAUACCUUCGGCGGCGAGCGUCUACUGGCGCUUUGGCGACGCAAUGCUCCACAAUCCAAACGCACUGGCCGUCUUCCCCCGCACGAGAUUCAGGGACGCCGCCGUCGUCCUCAUGCUCGCGCACCAGUUUAUCGAGUUUGGGGUUCUUGCGUUGCCCAUCUUCGUGAUGUGGGAGAAGCUCCUGGGCGUCCAUCACUCCAAGAAGCACUACAUUGUCAAAUCCCUGUCGAGAAUUCCAAUCGUGCUCGUCAUAUGGUUCAUCGCGAUCAUGAUCCCAUUCUUCGGGCCGAUCAACUCUGUCGUGGGCGCGCUGCUCGCAAGCGUUGCCGUCUACAUCCUUCCUUGCGUCGCGUUCAUGUAUGCAAGGCAAGCCCCCGAAUCACGAAAGGGCGCCUUGGAGCAGCCACCCUGCUGGCUCUUGAGGAGCUGGGUGCCCAUGUACUGCAUCAACCUUGGAUCGGUGCUGUGGGUCGCGAUCGUGGGCGUGGGAUUUGGGGGAUGGGCGAGCGUCAGCAAUCUAAUGGAGAAGAUCAGCAGCUUUGGAUUCUUCGCAAGGUGCUAUCAAUGCAAUAGCACAAGGCACUGAAUCCGAUGAUCAAAUGCUCUGGGUCUCCAAGCGGCGACCGCAGCGAUAUCUUCUAACAUGUCGGCGAUUCUCUCU